AUUACAAAUAUACCUGAAAAUAUUGAUUUAGGUUUUUGUUGUGUAGACUAACCUACAUAUAUAAAAUAUAAACUACAUAACCCGAACCCAUAUGCAGUCGAAUAUAAUUUUGAAUUUAAAGAUUUUGAAAUAAAUCCAUCAGAAGGUAUUUUAUACCCUAAAUAAGAUUAAGCAAUUACAUUAAAAUAUACACCAAAAGAAGCCACGGCUAUAAUAGGUAAUAUUAUAAUGAAUAUUUCUUUAGAAGAAAGUCGUAUAAUUAAAGUCUCUGGAAUUGGAAAAUAUCCUUUUAUUUAAUUAAGUAGUUCAAAAAUAGACUUUGAAUAAAUUUUAGUAGGAAAAAAAGAAAGUAGAGAUUUAACAAUAAAGAAUUAGUCUGAAGUUGAGGUUUUUUUUGUUAUUAAGAAAAUAUAAGAAGAUGAAUUUAAAGACUAGUCUCUAAAACUUGAUAUUUUGGAAGGUUUUAUACCACCAAAAAGCUCUUUUUUAAUAAAAGCAAUUUUUACACCAAAAAUAGUAGGACUUCUUUCUGUAUAAAAUUAUAAAUUAGAAAGUCCUGGAGGUAUUGAGUUACUUUUUACUUGUUAAGGGUAUGCUAAAGGAUUCGAGGUUUCAUUAAGUAGUGAAAAGUUAGACUUCGGAGAAGUUAAAAUAGGAGAGGAAAUCUGA